GAGAAAAUGUUUUCCAAUAAACGUUUGGACAGAAAGUCAUUAAACGAGUCGUUAAACAGCAAAAGGUGUCGAUUCGCGGCCAACGGGUCCGCCGGUGACCACUCGUCCUCCUCGUCGUCGGCGGUGAUAGACAUGAGAGACGCUGUGAUCGCAAACCAAUCACAACUGUUCUCUUCGCCGAAGUUCAGUGACGUAACCAUCGCUGUGGAGGACGUAUCCAUUCCCUGCCAUAAGGCUAUACUCGGCUCGCAGUCCGACUUCUUUGACCGUCUCUUUGAGUCACAAAUGAGUGAAUCGCGUCUCACAGCCAAUGAGCCGCUUGUCCUCCGAGACACUGAUCCACAGCUGUUCCGAGUGCUCCUCAAACUGGUCUACAGCGGACGACUCGACUUCCAAGAACUGGAACCCAUGGAUGUCAUCAAACUGUUUGGUCUGAUCCAAAGAUACCAAUUCACUGCAUUCGAGGCCCCAUUUAUGGUCAAAAUCAAGUCAAUGGUAAACGCGUCAAAUGUGUGGCAACUCUUCCAGACAUCGAUGGAAAACCAUUUAAUCGAUUGUCAAAACGUUUGCCUCGAAUUCUUGGACACGUUCUGCAGCGCAAACCCACUAAUGACUGAAGACUUCUUCAUGAUAUCAACCGAAACAUUGAAGACACUAUUAGUACGCAAUUCUCUUCGUCUGCCAGAAGUGGAUCUCUUUCUGUUGGCCAAGAAGUUCCUUGAAGUGAACAAAUUGGAUGACCAAACGUGCGAAGAACUCAUUCAAUGCAUUCGUCUUCCACUCAUGCGAUACGAAGAUCUCGUUAGCGUUGUCUCAAACAGUGGUUUAGUCUCUGAACAGCGUUUAUGGCGUGUAAUGAAAGACAAAGCGGUGAUCACUAAUGAGAAUCAGUCCAAUCGCUUCAAUUGGGACGAGUUGUUGAUGAAUAUGACUAACAGAGGGCUUGUCAUCAAUACCUCGUCAGACAAUACAAGUCUUUGUAUCGAUCAGUUCCUGUUUGAGGUGAUGGCCGGACAAGUGGGUGAUCUCGUGGCGCCCGCAGAUCAGCCCUCGUCCACAGAGUGGCCAAUCGUUGUCCGACUCGGCUUUCCAUUGAAUGUAAAUCACAUCGAUUUGCAACUGUCGGACAUUAGAGGCGAUCGGUUCUCAUAUAAAAUCCAGUAUUCAUCGGAAGGUCUUAUUUGGGAGACACUCUACGACUACACCAACUUUACGACAGCCAAUCAACAAAGCCUGUACUUCGAGACAAUAGUGGCCCAACAGUUCCGCAUCCGAGGCACUCAUCAGAUCCGUAUGGACUCCACGACUAAAGACUCUUUCAAUUCAAUCAAAUCGUUUCGAUGUUAUUAUAACCCAAAACAGAUGGCCGUCGAGCGGAUCGAUGGCCUAUUAGCCAAUCCGUAUUGGAUCAGAAACGCUAUACAACAGCGCGUUUAUCACGACUCAAACACUACUGGACAACAAGAUAUGAAAUACUAUUCGAGACUCAUGGCGUCCCAUAAGCCCAUAAUCGUGGCGUUGGAUCAGCCGGUGAUGAUUGACUCGUUUGAGUUUGUCCUGUGGGACAAAGACGAGAGGGCUUACAGUUAUGUCGUCGAAGUGAAAGACGGCAACGAUUGGAUCAAAUUGGCCGACAAGUCGCAGGACGUGUGCCGUUCACUGCAGACCAUUGCGUUCAGUCGACGGCCCAUCAGUUUAGUACGCGUUCGGGCCGUGAAAAUACAUUUUCGGUCCCUUCGGUCCCAACACACGGACGCCAACAAUGUUAGCGGUAAAUGA